GCAGCCUGUUCACACUCAUCUCCCAACCUUUCCCCUAGAUUUUACACCCACUUGUAGGAUCUGUCGAACGCAUAUGUUUGGCCGCUAUGUCGUCUGAUAAGGUUAUUGAUUAUCUGACAAAGCAAAUCGUAGUGGACAAGAACGUCGUUACAUUCAGAUCUCUGAGUAGAGCUCUGAGUUUGCACGUGAAUGACGCUAAAAAUGAGCUCGCAAAGUAUCAUUCCGACACCAAAGAAGGUUCGGAAAAUGCACACGCAACAUAUUUGAUCACAGGAGUUUCACGUAAACCGCCACAACAAAGACCAGCACGAAACGAAGACGCGAUGGAUGUGGACGAAGAAACUAGGGAUGGGAGUGGGGAUGGGGAAAUGGACGAUGAUGGCGCAGACUCGGAUGAAGGAGAAGAUAUCGACGAGACGACAGUUAUGCUUGUCGGUGAAAGCGGUCUUGAGAAAUCCAAGGAACGUUUCUUCCGUGUCUUUUCCAUUACCAUGUACAGCCUGUCACCCGUACCACUGCAUACGCCGCACCUCGUCUGUGCACCUACACCUGCCCUCCGACAGACCGAGAUGAAGAAAGGUGCUGAGCUCACAUCUACCGUGGGCAGUAUCGUAGGUUCUCACGUUAGACUUCGCACCAACCUUUCCAAAAGCAAGACAUUCACCUUCGGGGCCACUUCCACAGCUGGCGCCUCGUCCUCCAGACCUAAAGCACCCGCCGUGUCCAAAGCGCCCUCGCUCGCCACUCCGGCCCCCGCCAAAGACAAGAAUUCAGCGUCCUCCGAAACGAAACCCACGGAGGCUUCGUCUACUAAACAGAAGCUGAAAGCUAGCGGGACAAUCAAUUUCGGAAAGGCUCAGCCAAAGGUGGCGGUGAAAAAGGAGGAGUCCGAUGCGAACUUGAAGAAUGGUAGGAAGGAGAAGGAGCAGGACAAGGCCAAUGGAAAGGAGAAGGAGUUAGGGAGGGAUAACAAGGACAAAACCAAAGCGAAGGAAAAGAUGAGCGAGAAGGAGAAAGAGAAAGAGAAGGCGGCUGAGAAGAAAGGCGAGGGGGAGGAAACGGCGGUCGAAUCAUCAAAGACGAGGGGAAAGAAGGCCGAAGAGAGCGGUCUAUCGAAGAAAGUCGACAAAUUCCGAGAGACUCAGAAGCGUGGCACGAAACGCAAACCCGCCAUGGCUCUUUCAUCCGACGAGUCCGACUCUGAGCCCUCGCCUAUCGCAGACCCCGAGCCCGUCGACUCUUCUCGUCCAGCCUCGCAGGAAUCGUCCCCACCACCAACUCCCAACACAAAUCCUUCCUCUCCAGAGCCUCCGCCGCCCAACCAACUGAUGGCCAAGGCCGCGUCAAAGUCCAGACUUAGAGCCAAAGCUGCGAAAAAGGGGCGUACGGUUAUUUCUUCGGAUGAGGAGGAAGAGGAAGAGGAGAAAGUCGAGGUCAGACCAAUGAAGUUUGGGCCGCCGAGAGGAAAGCCGAAGCUGAAGGUUGAACCUCCGAAAAUGAACGGGAACGGGAAAGGGAAAGGAAGGAAGAGAGCUAUCGUCGAGUCUGAUGAGGAGGACGACGAGGAGUUGAAGGCCUUGAUGGAUGUCGAUGACGACCAAGUGAUUAAAGCCUCUCGCCCCUCCAUCAAGUCCAAGAGCGAGGAAGACGACUUUAAUAUGGACGACGACGCCUCUACCGCUGAUCAAGACACCGUAGCCGCUGACGAGUUCAACGAUGAAGAUGACGACGAUCCCGCACCGAAGCCCAAAGCCAAACCGAAGAAAGUGAAGAAGGUCGUUCCUGUCGGUAGAAACGGGCUAAAGAAGAGAAGGGUCAUGAAGAGCAGAACAGACUUUGAUGCUAAGGGCUAUAUGGUGACGGAAGACUAUUCUUCAUAUGAAUCCGUGGACGAAGAAGAACCUGAAGCUCCAAAAGCCAAGGCGAAGGCUACCAAGAAGAAGGCCACCACUGUGAAGAAAAGUGACUCCGACGAGGAAUCGCAGGAGAAAGAGAAACCGGCGGCGGCGAAGUCCAAAGUGAAGCCUGGAAUCAAACCGUCUGCCUCGGGUCGUGCGCUCGAUCCAGCGAAAUCGAAAGGUAAGGCAAGCGCGGCGAAGGUUGGUGGGCAGGGGUCGAUCAUGGGAUUCUUUGGGCCUCAGCCAGGAAAGAAAAAGUGAGGUGAUCGUAUCCAAUGUGGUCCCACGAUAAAGAUCGUGCCUUUGUGUAUGCUUCCUUUGUGUAUUUUCUUCUUCACGGCCUGUACGUCUAGGUUUGUUCUCCUUUUGUUGCCAAUAUGACUACGCUUGAGAUGGC